UUAUUAGAUUGGCUAAAAUAGUAAAUUCCCUCACCAUCGUCUUCUGAGAGCAUUGAAUCGCAUCCCUUCACCUCCACGUCCGGUUAAAUCUUUCAAUUCAAUGCCAUGAAUCAUAACCCUAACCCUUCGAUUUGCCAGCCGUUCCAACUGAAUCUGAUUUAACCCGUUGUCAAUCAAAGUCAGAUGCAAGCAAGGGUGUUCGAUUAGGGUUUCUUAUAGCUCAGGAGAUGAGGAUUAUGGGAGAUACACGGAGAUAGCACUCAAGUGACGAUACUCAGCCUAGGGCAAUUGAAGCCUAUCAGGAAGGUGAUGACAAUGUCGGUAUUGGAGCUUCGACUAUUUUCCGGUGACCGAAGGAUAGUUGACAGCAUCAUUUCCCAAUUGGGUUUUUUGAACAAGAACAAUACCCUUCUUCUCCACGAUUCAGGUCUGGUAACUCAGACACAUUUCCGGUGUACCGAGCACUGGCAGAAGGUUAUUAAGAGGUCGGGGAUUUCAUGGUGGUUGGUAUGGGCAAAGUCGGCAAAGAAUUUUUCCGGCACCAGGGUUACAAGUUGUGAUUUCGAUAUGCAGAAGCAUUUGCGAGGUAAUUUUCAUUUCAUUACUUGUUCUAAAGCUACUCACACAGAAGUCAGGCUUCAGCACAGGAGAAAUUUUGCAUAAAUACGUCUGAUAUGCUUUAAAUGAAAAGUCGUUCAACCCACAACUGGUUGCAGCAUUGAUUCAACUCGGGAAAGCAACAAUGUUGGAUGAUUCUCAAGUUACUGAAAUUCUGAAUGAUAUUUCAAGGCGAAUCGUUAAAGAUGUUUUGG